CCCAUUGAAGUUUGUGUGAAAGUUUCGGUACACUCCCGAAAGAACCGGACUGCACCGGACCCGAGGCAUUGAAAACGACUGAAGUGCCGUUUUCUGUGUUACAACACAUACUGUCAGCUGAACUACUCCAUGUCACCUUGCGCAAUGGGGAUUUAAAGGGAAGACUUCGUCUCUUUGUCCCACCAGCAAAUCACACCAGGGGGGGUGCUGUCCCACUUCAGCUGGACGUCGGUGUGAGUCUGCUGUCCAUCCGCAGCCAUGUUCACCCUGUCUGAGCUGGCCACUCUUAACGAGCGGCAGAGCAACAAGCUGCUGAAGCCCUGGUGGGAGGUGUUCAUGGACUACCUGGUGGUGCUGAUGCUGAUGGUGUCGGUGCUGGCCGGUACCCUGCUGCUCUCCAGAGACCGGGUGGUCUGCCUCCCCAUCCAUCCCUCCACCCCCCCAGCCUUCGGCAACCAAAGCCUGGCUUCCGACAGCCUCUCCUCCCCACCUAUCCAUCCUCCUCACACCUCAGCAUCAGCAUCACCUCCACAGCAGGGUCCUUCCAACCACCAGCCUCUCCUCUCCUCUUUUCCAACCAUCUCAUCCACCAGCACCAGCAGUGGUGGCGGUAGCAGCAGCAAGGUUGCGUCCCGAGGCCUGCGCACCAACAUGGACUACCAGCAAUACAUCUACAUCAGCCAGGUGUGCUACCACGAGGCGCUGCCCUGGUUCUCUCGCUUCUUCCCCUACGUGGCGCUGCUGCAGUCCCUGCUGCUCAUGGCCAGCGGCUGCUUCUGGUUCCACUUCCCGCUCACCUCCUCUCGCAUCGAGCACUUCCUCACCAUCCUGGCCAAGUGCUGCGAGUCACCAUGGACGUCGCGGGCGCUCUCGCACACGGCGCGGCAGGACCGCAGCCAGAAUCACGGGGGAGGAGUAGGAGGCACAGAGGAACAGCAGCAGGAGGUGGGAGUGGGGGAGAAGCGAGAGGGGAGGAGUGAGGAGGACAACAGGCCCACACAGGUCUACCACCGCCACCCCAACCACUGCUCUGCCUCCAUCACCAGGCAGUCCAGCUUGGACUCGGGAACAGACAGCCCCCUGCUGGUGAGGUCCGAUAGCACGUCCACAGCGGCCCCUCCGUCCCCAUGCCCCUCCACGCUCUCCCGCACCUCCUCCAUGUCCUCCCUGGCAUUCGGAGACACCCACAGGGCCUUUCCUCCCCCACAGCACCCCCACCUGUGCCGCCUGGUCCCCGACACCACGAGGCCCAUGGCCAGCCUGGACCGGAGCGACGGAGAGCAGGCGCGGGCCCUCUUCGAGAGAGUCAGGAGGUUCAGGAGCCACUGUGAGAGUUCUGAUAUCAUCUACAAGGUGUACUUUGCCCAGACAGUGUUCAAGGUGCUGAAGGUGGUGGUGAUCGUGAGCUACACCACCCCUCUGCUGGGUUCCAUCACCUUCACCCACAUCUGCCAGCCCCUCAGCCACGCCCUGACCGGCUACCAGGCCUUCGAGUGCACCCACGCCCUGGCCUCCGUGCUGCACAAGCUGCUGGUGGUCUACCUGUGCCUGGUCGGCCUCUUCGGCCUGCUGGGCCUCUAUGCCCUCAGCUGGAUCUGCCACAAGUCAUUAAGGAAUUACUCCUUCCAGUGUCUCCACGACACGGGCUCCAUGCUGGAUGUCCCGGACCUCUGCAACGACCUGGCCUUCCUAUUGCACAUGGCGGAUCAGUACGACCCCCUGCUGGCCCACCGCCUCUCCGUCUUCCUGUCGCCCGUCAGCGAGACGCGGCUGCUGGAGCAGAACCUGGAGAGGCGCUGGGGCGUGGAGCGUCUGCGGGGCAUGACCUCCAGCGACGCCCAGGGCCGCACCCAGCUGCAGCUGGUGGCGCUGACCAGCCUGCCGCCAGCCCUCUUCACCCUGGCACAGCUGGAGGUGCUCAAGCUGGAGCUGAUCACCGACGCCAAGCUGCCCUCACAGAUCUCCAACAUGACGGCCCUCAGGGAGCUGCAUCUUUACCACUGCACAGCCGCAGUAGAGCCGGCCGCCCUCCACUUCCUCCAGGAGCGUCUGGAGGUGCUCCACUUGACCUUCACCCAGGCCGCGGCCAUCCCCGGCUGGGUCUACUCCCUGCGCGGCCUGCAGGAGCUCCACAUGACCGGCCACCUGGGCUGCGAGGGCGGGGUGGGCCGCGGCUGGGGGCUGGGCAGCCUACGCCAGCUGCGUCACCUCCGCGUCCUGUCCCUCUGCGGCUCCCUGACCCGAAUCCCCGCCGAGCUGGGUGAGUUGACGGGCAGCCUGGUGCGGCUGGAGAUCCACAACGAGGGCGCCAGGCUGCUGGUGCUGACGGGGCUGCGGCGGCUCACGGGCCUGACGGAGCUGCUGCUACAGGGCUGCCAACUGGAGAGGCUUCCCUCCGCCCUGCUGGCCCUCACCGGCCUGCGCAGCCUGGACCUGCAGCACAACUGCCUGCGGACGCUGGAGGAGCUGCUCAGCCUGCAGCACCUGCGCCGCCUCUCCUGCCUCCGCCUGGCGCACAACCGCGUGCUGGCGCUGCCCUCGAGCGUCGGGGUGCUGCGGCGGCUGGAGCUCCUGGAUCUGGCCCACAACGAGCUGCAGAGCCUACCCCCGGCGCUGUUCACCCUGCACAGGCUGCGCAGGCUCUACCUGGCCGGGAACCUGCUGGAGGUGCUGCCGGCGGAGGUGGGGGCUCUGGCGCUGCUGUCCGAGCUGGAUCUGAGCGGGAACCGGCUGGAGAGCCUGCCCGCGGAGCUGUGCACCAAGUGCCUGGAGCUCCGCAACCUGAACGUGAGCCAUAACUCGCUGGGUUCCCUGCCGCCGGAGCUGGGGUGCCUGAGCCAGCUGACACGGCUGGACCUGAGGGGCAACAGCCUGGAGCAGCUUCCCGCCGAGCUGGGCUGCUGUCUGGGCCUGUGCGGAGGGGGGCUGCUGGUGGAGCACUGGCUGCUGCACUCACUGCCUCGGCAGGUCAGGGAGCUCUUGACGCAGCCCUGCUCAUCAUCAUCCACCUCCGUGUCCUCCGAGCCACCAUCACGACCGGAGUCGGACAGCUUCCCCAACUUCUCUGCCAGCCACUGGAGCUUCCUGUUGGCUGCUGAGUCACGGAUAUGAAGGAUACUGUUUUCGUGUUUUUUACACCUUCAAUUGAAUGCAUUUGAAGCAGGAAAAGUAGUAUACGCCGGCAUAGACAUGAACUUACACCCCCACUGUUUUCCAUGGAAACCGUUGGUUGUUUUUCCUGAUUUGCUUCCAAAGCGCCGCUUAUCGGAUGUCACGGUUAAAAAGGCUAAUAGUGGGCAGCUGUGGCCUAAUGGCCAGAAGUGCUCUUGGCUUUGGAAGGUUGCAAGUUGGAAUCCCAUAGCAUUCAUUGCUGAAGUGCCUCCAAGCAAGGGGUGGGAACCCUUUUCCAUUCGAAUGCCACUUCAAGUUUUAUAAAGUCCUCCAACGGCUGUACUAUGAACACAGACCAGGAUUGAGUUGGUACAGAGUUGGGCCAUGACCUCUGUCUUCUUGGUGUUUACUUGAAGACCAAAGGACUGAUACAACGCUGAGAUGGUUUUCUUGUACAAUACCUUGUACCUAAAUAACUGUAGAACACUGUGGAUAAAAGCAUCAUUGAAGUGUAGUGUAAUAAUGUAAUGCAUACAUAGAUGUGUCAUUGACAUGACUGUAUUUGACCAGUUAUGGGAACUCUGGAUUCAUUAGUUAUAAUCCAGUGCCACAUAUUCUAAAUCAGUGGUUCUCAACCUUUUUCUUCAGAGACCUAUAUUUUUACCAUUGUAAGCUUUGGUGACCCAAUCGCACGAGGGCCCGUACGAGAUGGAGUCACACGAUACUCGGUUCCCUGCAAAAACUCAUUAGUUAUCAUUUUAUUCCUCAAUUUGUCUUCAGUCAAAUAUAGAAUAAAUGUUUAAUGUAUCACUUACAUUAAGUUGUUUCUAUGCAUAUAUUAGUUUAAAUGCUUUGUCAUUUAUUCAACAUGGGCUACAUACGGUAUUAAAAUGAAACCCCUUAAAAUCAAGAGGCCUUUGCGACCCACUGUGGAUCUUUAGACCCAUAGGUUGGGUCCCGACCCAUAGGUUGGGAACCACUGUUCUAAAUGACCAUGGUAUUUCCUGUUCAAUUCAACCAGGUGAUAGCUUACAGGAAUUUACACUUCCACUGACGCAUACUGAUACUGACAUUCAAUGAACAAGCACACACACACACACGCACACACAAGCGCACACAAGCACACGCAAGCACAAGCACACACAAGCAGUAAAAACUAACAUACUGAUGCACACACACACACACACACACACACACACACACACACA